GGGACGGGCCGAGGGUGCAACGAUGAUGUAUUUAUUUACAAAGGCUCGUCUCGCCCGCAGCUGGCUGGAAUCCGCGGUGACGUCACGGGCCCGGACGCAGGUCACGUGCCCCGCCCGCCCCGCCCCCUCCGACUCCGUCCCGCGCCGCGGUCGCCUCUAGAGCGCAGGGUUCCGCCGCGGCAGCCGCUCGGAGCUCUCGGGGGAGCGCGAAGCGAGGCGGGCAGCGGGCGGGCGAGCAGGCCGGGAGCCGGAGCGGCUAAGGAGGCGGCAGCAGCGGCCCGGCGGGCACUGGGCGACGCGGGCGACACUCCUGAAAACUUGGGCGCGCGCUCGCGCCACUGCGCCCGCGGUCGGAGCGAUGAAGAUGGUCGCGCCCUGGACGCGUUUCUACUCCAACAGCUGCUGCCUGUGCUGCCAUGUCCGCACUGGCACCAUCCUGCUCGGCGUCUGGAACCUGAUCAUCAAUGCCGUGGUACUGCUGAUUUUACUGAGCGCCCUGGCUGACCCGGAUCAGUAUCACUUUUCAAGUUCUGAACUGGGAGGUGACUUUGAGUUUAUGGAUGAUGCCAACAUGUGCAUUGCGAUUGCAAUUUCUCUUCUCAUGAUCCUGAUAUGCGCAAUGGCUACAUAUGGAGCAUAUAAGCAACGCGCUGCCUGGAUCAUCCCAUUCUUCUGUUACCAGAUCUUCGAUUUUGCCCUGAACACCUUGGUUGCAGUCACUGUGCUCGUUUAUCCAAACUCCAUUCAGGAAUACGUACGGCAGCUGCCUCCUAAUUUUCCCUACAAAGAUGAUAUCAUGUCUGUGAAUCCUACCUGUUUGGUCCUUAUUAUUCUUCUGUUUAUUAGCAUUAUCUUGACUUUUAAGGGUUACUUGAUUAGCUGUGUUUGGAACUGCUACCGCUACAUCAAUGGCAGGAACUCUUCUGAUGUCCUGGUUUAUGUGACCAGCAAUGAUGCUACGGUGCUGUUACCGCCGUAUGAUGACGCCACUGUGACUGGCGCUGCCAAGGAGCCGCCGCCACCUUACGUGUCUGCCUGAGUCUGAGAGUGGAAGGACAGGGCUGAGAGCAGCAGCUCCACUUUUCGGCUGUCUGAGCAAUAGUUCUGUUAUUUCACUUUUGAGAUGAGCUCUCUGAGCUUAUUUGUUCCUGAAAUGCUACGUUUUAAAAUUUAGAUGUUAAUUUGAAACCUUCUGUAGUUUUAAACAUGCUUUAGCUGGAACACUGUGGUAGAUUAGCUGUAGAAUUCUUUGUCAGGGUGGGAGUGUAACGGGCUUCACUAGUCUUCCCUGGGCAUUGGAACUUCCCUAGAAUCGAGGUGGACCUUGAGUCAGAGAAGUCUGCUUUUGGACCUGCUGGGCCCCAAAUUGGGCAGUGAGUCGUACUUUUUCUCUCUGUUCCCUCUUUCUCUUUUGAAAGUGUAAAAUAAAAUCAAAAUUAGAC